AGCAACUGUCAUUCUUGCACAUGGGUAUGGAGGACAUCAGUCUGUUUGGGACAGAAUUCAUACCUGGCUCAACGUUGCCGUGUCUUAGUCUUCGAUCGGUGCUUUUCCGGCGCCGUGAUCCAUCUGAACCUCUUCGACCCGCUCCUCUGGUACUCUGAUGAUUGGGUUCUCUCUCUCUGUGACAAUGGAGGACCAGGAGGAGGAGACAGGUCGAAGCUGUAGCUCAGCCUGGGCCUGGGGUUUAGCCGUUCGCCUCCACUCCUGGAGGGUUUGGUGACGAUGCCACCCAGAAGAGAAAAUGUUGAAAGCAAGAGCUAAAAGGGAAUAUUGACUUAAAUUGUUUUUCAGCAACUCUGAUAUUUGAGCUUCUGCAUCAGAUCUUUCUAAACCAUCUCUUUGGAUCAGUUUCACUGAAGACAAUGAUGCUGAAUGACAGAAUCCAGAACCUCAAUACUCUCCAGUCUGUUUUGAGUAAGGUAGAGGAAUAUAUCUACACAGUUGCUCCAGAUAUGCCAUAUUCAGAGAGCUUGAUCACAAGUUCCAGGAGCUUGGUCUGGAGUGGAGAAGGGGUGGGGUGACACUGCUGAACGUGUAUUAGAGAUGAUAAACCAAGAAAAUCCCUGUGGUCUUCAAUGUUGUUAUCCUUUCACCCCAUGGUUACUUUGCCCAGAACGUGGAGGUCAGAUUGUGUAUAUUUUGGAUCAAGUUCGUGCCUUGGAGAGUGAGAUGCUUUAACGCAUAUGACAGCAAACUUGAUAUAAUCCCUUGAAUCUUAGAAAACGGUGAUUCAUUGCUCUUGCAUUCGCUCUCUAUUUUUUCCCUCUCGACUUCUUCGUCUUUGACAACAACCGGAAGAAACUCUUAGAGAAAGGUGAUUCGAAGAUUUGGAGGGCUGUGGAACCAAUGAUAAGGUUCGUCCUGCACCUAUAGCUCAUGAAUGUAUUACUGUUGUCGAAGCGUUCAAGUAAUCCGAAUUCGGGUGGAUAUGUCACAACAGCCGACCCGACCGUCAAUUGUUAACGGUACCGCUCGGAAAUGUCAAACAGUACCCAUUUUUUCCUCUGGCGCACGUUAGCCACAGUCUUUGAAUUGGUGGUUAUGGACUUUGUGGGUUUAGGUGGAGAAGGCUCCUCCCGACGUCCAGGCGUGGAAAAAUAUCAGCAGAAAUAUAAGAAAUAAAAAAAAAUGCAUUCAAAGCCUGACUGACACUUCUUCAGCGCUGACCCUAACCCUAGAUCCGCUCCCCUUCCACAGCUAUGGCAUCCUCUGCAACAUUAUACCUCUCCCCAUCCACUACCCGCUUUUCCAGUAAAAAUUAUCCAUCUUCUCUUUCUCGGUUUCCACAGUUCCGACAAUUCUUAGCAAUCAAAGCCUCAGCCACUUUAUAUGAUUCCAAGGUUUCCACCGCCGAUAAAUCCUCGAUCCCAUUGAAGACCGGUAUUUGGCAGUGGAAGUUCAACGACAAUUCUGUUAAAAUUUAUUAUGAAGAACAUAAUAGGGAGAAUUCGGAGCCUUGUAAGAAUAUCCUUAUGAUACCCACCAUUUCUGAUGUCAGUACUGUUGAAGAAUGGAGAUCAGUGGCAAAAGAUAUUGUUGCCAGAAAUGGGAAAGUUAAUUGGCGGGCUACCAUCGUUGAUUGGCCUGGUCUCGGUUACUCUGAUAGGCCAAAGUUCGAAUACAAUGCAGAUGUCAUGGAGAAAUUCCUGGUUGAGUUUAUGAAUGCACCUGAUAGUCCAAUAAGCUACUCAGAUAAUGAAUUAGUAAUUUUCGGUGGUGGGCAUGCAGCCACAAUAGUCCUUCGAGCUGCAAAAAGGAAUUUAGUGAAGCCAUCAGCUGUUGCUGCUGUUGCACCGACCUGGGCUGGUCCUCUUCCUAUAGUCUUUGGUCGAGAUUCCAAUAUGGAAUCAAGGUAUGGGCUAUUGCGGGACACGCUAAGGGCCCCUGCAGUAGGUUGGAUGAUGUACAAUGUGCUUGUCAGCAAUGAGAAAGCUAUUCAAUCCCAGUACGAAUCACACGUCUAUGCUGAUUCCAAGAACGUGACCCCGGGUAUCAUUGAGAGUAGGUAUGCAUUGACAAAAAGGAAAGGAGCACGCUAUGUGCCCGCUGCCUUCUUAACAGGACUGCUUGACCCCGUGAAAUCCCGGGAAGAAUUCCUGGAAAUCUUUGCAGCUUUAGAGGGGAAGAUUCCGAUACUAGUCAUGUCAACUGCAAACUCGCCCAAGAGAUCAAAAGCUGAAAUGGAUGCUCUCAAGGGAGCCAAAGGAGUCAGCAAAUUUGUUGAGGUGCCGGGGGCUCUUCUCCCACAAGAAGAAUUUCCUUCUAGUGUUGCAGAGGAGCUUUACAGAUUCUUGCAGGAGAACUUUGAGACACAGUGCUAACAGUGUUGUUGCUUGGCUUUCUUGUUUGUAAGAGAUGAAAGUAACGACACUGUUGAUAAUGGCAUACGUUCCAUAAAACAAAUUUAAGUUGAUACUAUCUCUACCUUUUUUUUCCGCGUGUGUUUGUGCUGUUAUAAAGGACUCCGAGGAUUUUUUGUAAGUUUUCAAGAACCAAAUGAUUAAAAAAAAAAAUGCAUGUA